AACUUUGGAACAAAUACCGAAUUUCCAACAUUCCAUCGCUAAUAUUCCUCGACGCCACCACCGGGAAGGUUGUGUGCAGGAACGGGCUGCUGGUGAUCCGAGAUGACCCAGAAGGUCUGGAGUUCCCCUGGGGGCCUAAACCCUUCCGGGAAGUCAUCGCAGGGCCCUUGCUUCGAAAUAACGGGCAGUCCCUGGAGAGCAGCAGCCUGGAGGGAUCUCACGUGGGCGUCUACUUCUCCGCACACUGGUGUCCGCCCUGCCGAAGCCUCACCCGGGUCCUGGUGGAGUCCUACCGGAAGAUCAAGGAGGCCGGCCAGAGCUUCGAGAUCAUCUUUGUUAGUGCAGACAGGUCAGAGGAGUCCUUCAAACAGUACUUCAGUGAGAUGCCCUGGCUCGCCGUCCCCUACACUGACGAGGCCCGGCGGUCACGCCUCAACCGGCUGUACGGAAUCCAAGGCAUCCCCACGCUCAUCGUGCUGGACCCGCAGGGCGAGGUGAUCACGCGGCAGGGGCGGGUGGAGGUGCUGAACGACGAGGACUGCCGGGAGUUCCCCUGGCACCCCAAACCUGUGCUGGAGCUCUCCGACUCCAACGCCACGCAGCUCAACGAGGGCCCCUGCCUCGUCCUUUUUGUAGAUUCUGAGGAUGACGGAGAGUCCGAGGCAGCCAAGCAGCUGAUUCAGCCGAUAGCUGAGAAAAUCAUUGCCAAGUACAAAGCCAAAGAGGAGGAGGCGCCGCUUCUGUUCUUCGUAGCCGGGGAGGAUGACAUGACUGACUCCCUGCGAGAUUACACCAACCUGCCUGAGGCGGCCCCUUUGCUCACCAUCCUGGACAUGUCAGCCCGGGCCAAGUACGUGAUGGACGUGGAGGAGAUCACCCCCGCCAUCGUGGAGGCCUUUGUGAAUGACUUCCUAGCAGAGAAGCUCAAACCGGAGCCCAUCUAGCUUGGCUCCGGCCUCCUGAGACGUUAUUUAAAACUCAGCCUUCUCCUCCUCCUCCCCCUCCUUCCCUCCGCCCUCGGACUUACCCAGCGUGCCCCGAACCACACCACCCAAGUGUCCAACCUCUCUGUGGUGCCUUGUUUCUGCAUUAAACUCCUCAGCCAGCACCCUGGGGCGCGGAGUC